CCCUCGGUCUGGCCGAUUUUCCCACAGCGUCUGCCUCUGCAAGUACCCUUCUCCCCCCCCUGCUCCCUUUGCAGCACCUUCUCGCCUCUGCCGCUCUAUCAGCCUAGCUGCACCCCUCGUUCUCCAAAAUGUGCAACCCACGAAUGUCCACCGGGCCCGCUCAGGUCGCAGCGAGCGAGCAUGGCCGGGUUCCUUGCUCGGCAUACACUGAGACUUCGCCGUGCUCAGUUUCGUCGACUGGGAGCGACCAAACCCUGCGCUCGUCCUGUGGCGAGGAUCCAAAGAAGCAGCUUGCCGACAAUUUGAUAGAUACUGUCGUCCUGCUUAUCGAGCGGAUGUGGCCUCCCAGCCCGACCCCGGCCCCAUCCGGCAUCCCUCCCAAAGUCGUCCCCCUCCGUGUCUUUGUCUAUGAGCUCCUUCGCCAGUCGCACACAUCCUUCUCGACACUGCAUCUGGCCCUCCUUUAUCUCGUUCGUCUCCACACCAACAUGCCCAAGGAUACCAGCGACCGCCACCCGUCGCUCAACUGCGGCCGCCGCAUGCUGCUGGUAGCCCUCUGUCUGGCCACCAAGUUUCUGCUGGACUCGUGCCCAAACAACCGGGCUUGGGCCUCGGUCGCAAAACUGCCCAUCGACGACAUCAACGCCGCCGAACGCGCCUUCCUCGAGGCCAUCCACUGGAAGCUCGAUGUCAGCUUCGAGGACUAUUCCAAGUGGUCCAGCAUGGUCUUCAACUUUGCCAGCCAGAGCAAAGAGUUGAUCCACCAAAAGAGCCAGCUCCAACCCCGAGCCAGUGUCAGCCCGCUGCCCAUUGCCCGCUCUGCUUCACUGAACUAGAGCCCCUCGCCUCCCACGUCUCCAGCCAAAGGACACGAAGAGGAUUUCCUUCUGCCGCAAUAUGCAACUGCUCUCCAUAGACGCCGUCUUGGUUAUACCAUCUGCCUACCUGUCCACCAGCUUAUGCUUCUCGGUCAGCCUCGCCGCUCCAUCCAUCCAUCCACCAUCCACCAUCACCUGCCCUUCAUUCCUGCCCCUCCUGCCUUUCUCCCGCCUGCUCCCCUGCCCGGCCGCCACUCCAGUCUCCACAAUUGCUUGUUCCUCCGCUUGCACGUUUGUUUUGAAUGGAUACUACUUCCUCCGUGUCGGCUGGCGGCCACGAUCUUGGUCAGGAUUGUGAUCACGAUCGUGGUCUUGGACGGCAAAUGGGUGAAUGCACUGCCUUUAUUAUGUAUCUAUUUUAUCAAGUUUUGCACCGGAUACCGACGUCCGUAAUCCGUUUCUGCUGCCAUCCUGGUGUUGAAUACAGCCCUUCCAAAAAU